GAUCCCUCCCUCUCCACCCCGCUUGCGACUCAUCACCCGAUCGAUCGAUUGACCGACACCAUGGCGCGGUGCAUGCCCCUCCUCGCCUCCCUGCUGCUGCUGGCCCUCGCCGGCGCCGCCUCCGCCGACAAGGCCCCCGAGGGCGGCUUCCUCGUCACCGGCCGCGUCUACUGCGACCCCUGCCGCGCCGGCUUCGAGACCAACAUCUCCAAGAACGUCGAAGGGGCGACGGUGGCGAUGGACUGCCGGCCGUUCGGCGGCGGCGAGAGCAAGCUGAAGGCGGAGGCGACGACGGACAAGCAGGGGUGGUACAAGAUCGAGAUCGACCAGGACCACCAGGACGAGAUCUGCGAGGUGGUGCUGACCAAGAGCCCCGACCCGGCGUGCGCCGAGAUCGAGGAGUUCCGCGACCGCGCGCGCGUCCCGCUCACCAGCAACAACGGCAUGAAGCAGCAGGGCACCCGCUACGCCAACCCCAUCGCCUUCUUCCCCAAGCAGCCGCGCCCCGAAUGCGGCGGCAUCCUCCAGGCCUACGACCUCAAGGACGCACCCGAGAAUCCAUAAUCAAACCCCCAACACCCAUCCCAUCCCAUCCCAUCCCAUCCAUAGUCUUGCUUGCUUUUGCUUGCUUCCCAUGCAUCAUCAUCAUCACCACUCCUACCGUCCGUCCUACGUACGUUCCAGCUAUAUAUUUUAUUAGUAUCGUUUUCUCUUGAAUAUAUAAUCAAUAAGAUGAUAAAUUGUGUGAUGAUUUAUAGAGAUCAUAUGUAAAAUGUAUGCGUGCAAUAUUUUUGUAUCAUAUCCGAAAUCCUCGUGAGUGAAGGGUCAUGUCUUUUCUCUCGUUGCUGCAAGCGAGUAUUUCACAAUAUUAGCCUGCAUAGCCUUUCACAUUAGUUACGCGUAAGUCGCCCGGUCAAUUUUUGUGUCAAGGA